CGUUUCCUGUGGCUGCAGCAGGGAUUGGUUCGGGAUUCAUGAAGUCUAGCAGCUCCAGUGGAGACACGCACGGAGAGAGAGACGUAAACAUGGCUGAGUCCGAGGGAAGUGAGACAACGUAUGGUGGAAUAUUUCAGGAGAUAUUCACCUCCCCGCUUAAUCUGACCCUGUUAAGCCUCUGUUUGUUCCUCCUAUAUAAAAUCUUCCGCGGGAACAAAGGACCAGAUCUCAGCGAGGUGGAAGAGCUGCUGCCCAAACUGAAAAAGAGAGAUUUUACACUAGAAGAGUUGAAGCCCUACGAUGGAGUUCAGAAUCCAAGGAUCCUCAUGGCUAUCAACGGAAAAGUGUUCGAUGUGACCAGAGGAAAGAAGUUUUACGGGCCAGAGGGGCCAUAUGGAGUGUUUGGAGGCAGGGAUGCAUCCAGAGGUCUGGCUACCUUCUGCCUGGAUAAGGAGGCCCUGAAAGAUGAACACGACGACCUGUCCGACCUGAACUCCAUGCAGAGGGAGAGCCUCUCUGAGUGGGAGACUCAGUUCACCUUUAAGUAUGACUACGUGGGCAAGCUUCUGAAACCAGGAGAGGAGCACACAGAGUACACAGAUGACGAGGAAGGAAAAGACAAAAAGGAAAACUAGAGCAUGAAACAUGACCAAGAGGAGGAAAAUGAUAGAUGCCUUAAUGUUUGUUUGUAAUUUGAUGAUGUUGCUUCCUGUUGGGGCCAUUCAGUGAAAACACCUCUGUUUUCUGCAUGCAUUCUAGUAUUCUUGGAUCAUCACAAUCCUGAAGUUGACUUAAAUCCACACGGUAUAUAAAGGUUUGAUGGCAUUACCACAUUCUGAUGUAGAGCUGUGUAGUGUUGGUUGAGUUUAGAUGAUUUACUGUAAACUUACAAAUGGGUCAUUAGAUUGUUGUGUAGAAUCGAGAGCCAGUUCCCACACUUUACAGAUCUGCUGAUGGUGUCCUAUAGGUUGAGGCUACUCGGUCAUUUAAAGAAGGAGAUCAGCUUUGUCCAGCUCACCUCAGUAACAGCCUGCCAAAUCGGUUCGAUAAUCCAGGUUGCACACUUUGUUCAAAUUGCUUCUGUUUUACUGUACACAUUUCUUUCAUCCAUAGUUUGACUCUGAUUGCUUUAAAAUUAAUUAUCUCAGGAAGUAGUUUCAUUCCAAAUUAAAGCUACAGUAUGUAACUGCUUUAUAAUAUUUUUAGUAGAUUUAUCUUAAAUUGGAGACGUGAAGUCAAACACUUCUGUCACGCAGACUGCUGGAACAGCCUGGCAGCAGUGCAGAAACCAUUCCCUCGUUUUGAGCAAGACCUGCCUUUCCAACCAAUCAGAGAAAGCCAGAAUCGGGUGAGAGUCAGUACAUGAACUUGCUUCUGACAAAACAAGUAAAUUCCAUAGAUUUGGUGAAAGAAACUAAAAAAUCUGUAGCCCUCAUUCAUGUUUAGUGGGGGUUUUAUUGUUAGCAGUUGUGGUUCAUUACAUUGUGCAGAGAAAAUGUGCCAGAAAGUUCAAAGUACAGAGAACUAUUUGUCCCAACCUUUUGGCACACAGCCACAUUUGCAGUGUUUGUCAUGAACAAAUCGACAGGAAAGUAAUGAUUAAACCCCAGUUCUGCCUGAAUUUGAAGGCAUUUUUUUCCAAACUCAGCUAGAGAAUGGAAGAAGUUAUUGUUUCUAACCGCUGUUUAAUAGUUAAAACUUCGACUGCCAAUCGCCACACAUUGCAGCACUAUUUUACAGUUCAGAUUAGAGUUUAGGCUAAAGAAAAAAAAUUGUCUUCUGUAAUUCCUGCAGAUAUUUUGUUUGCAAGGAAACCUUUUACUGUUGCUCACCUAUAUUCCUGAAUCUAUGUAGAAGAUAAUGCUUUUCUGAUUGUAAAAAAUAUUCUGUAUUAAAUAAUGCAAUAUUUUUCUUUGCCACCAGCAUCCUUGUAAAAACUUGCAAGAUUGGCCACUUUCUAUUCAGUGAGGGAACAUUUUCAGUAUGCAUGUACAUACAUUAACUAAAUGUCAUAAGAUAUAUCAUACUGUUAACAUCUUGAAUGACAUUUUGAUUAAAUUUUAAAGUGUGAAAUUGAGGCUUGUCAGGCUGUUUAUAGUGUCAGUAUCUUUAGAAGAAUUUAAUUGACUAUUUUGGAACAUUUUAAAGUGAAAUUAAAUGACUUGUUGAUUCAAAUAAAGAUUUAUUGAACAACACUAUAUUCCAAUAUAACGUGCAGUGAAUUUACCAACAAAUAAACUGAAUCUAACUUUUCUUCAAUUUAACUGAUGCUUGAUGAAAUAACAUGCUGUAGUUUACUUAAAUAUUCUAUGUACUGUGAACUAUAACAAACUGGCCUGUGUAUGAAGAAGAAUAAGUAUAAUAAUACUUGCAUUGUGUGUGUUGGAUUUGUCACAGUUAAAGCAUGAAUUUUAAAAUGUGCUUUAAGAGGCAUCUACCACUGA